CGCUCCCCUCCAGGCACCGUUGCCAGCCCCUGGAGCCUGGGACACGGCCCAAGCGGCGGGCGUGCGGAGCUCCUGUUGCCCCUGAGCAGCUCCCCUCUGCCUCUGCCCUGAGCGAUCCACGUGUCCGGCCCGGGAGAGCGGGGAGCCCCCGGGCAGCGCAGGGGCAAGUGCCCGGCCCUCUACACUGACUCUGCUGGACCCGGGGCUCCUCUCCUGUCUUUGCCGGGCACCCCCGGUGCCUGCAGCGCCUCCCGGCUCCACAGCAGCCUCCCGCCCGAGCGGGUGCCCGGGGCGCCCCCCGGCCGUGCCCAUGCUGCUGCUGCGGAAGCUGCCGGGCAUGCCGGGCUGGCCGGCGGCGCUGGGGCUGCGGCUGCCGCAGAAGUUCCUCUUUCUGCUCUUCCUCUCGGGCCUGCUCACCCUCUGCUUCGGGGCCCUCUUCCUGCUGCCCGACUCCUCCCGCUUCAAGCGCCUCUUCCUGCCCCGCCGCGCCGCCGCCGGGGACUCCGACCUGCCCCGCAGCCCCCCGGCCGCCGCCGCCGAGCCCCGCCAUGCCAGCCCCGCCGCCCCCCGCCGCCUCCGGGACAAGCUCCGCGCUGCGGCCCGGCUGGGCGCCCCCCCGGCCCACACCUCCGCCGGGGGCAGCAAGCAGCAGGUGCAGCCCGGGGAAGGGGGCGCCGAGGCGGGGACGGACUCGGCGCCUGCCGCCCCCGCCGCUCCCCGCCAGACCCGAGCCCCGUUCCGCUUCGACUACGAGAAAUUCCACAGCAGCCUUCGCCACCCGGUGCUGGGGAGACGCGGCGGCGAGGAGCUGGAGACCCGCGCCCGCAGGCUGAAGAUCAAAGAGAUGAUGAAGUUUGCUUGGGAUAACUACAAACGAUAUGCAUUUGGAAAAAAUGAACUUCGACCGCUAACUAAGAAUGGACACAUUGGUAACAUGUUCGGGGGCCUUCGAGGGGCUACCAUAGUGGAUGCCUUAGAUACUCUGUACAUCAUGGAGCUUGGGGAGGAAUUCCAAGAAGCGAAAAGCUGGGUGGAGAAGAGCUUUGACUUGAAUGUGAAUGGAGAAGCUUCCUUGUUCGAAGUGAACAUUCGUUAUGUCGGAGGGCUGUUGACGACGUACUAUCUAACCGGUGAAGAGGUAUUCAAGAACAAAGCUCUAGAACUUGGAGAGAAACUUCUACCAGCCUUUAACACCCCGACUGGUAUCCCCCGGGGCGUCAUAAAUCUGGGCAGUGGCAUGAGCUGGAGUUGGGGCUGGGCCUCUGCAGGAAGCAGUAUCUUGGCAGAAUUUGGCACCCUGCAUUUAGAAUUCCUGCACCUCACGGAGCUCUCCGGAAACCCAGUGUUUAGAGAAAAGGUGAUGAACAUCCGCAAAGUCCUGAACAGAAUUGAGAAACCGCAGGGCCUGUAUCCUAACUUUCUCAGCCCGGUCACUGGGAACUGGGUACAGCACCACGUCUCCGUUGGAGGUCUGGGGGACAGCUUUUAUGAAUAUCUGAUCAAAUCCUGGCUGAUGUCAGACAAGAGAGACACUGACGCCAGAAAGAUGUAUAAUGAUGCACUAGAGGCUAUAGAAAAACAUUUGGUUAAAAAAUCUGCCGGAGGAUUGACCUACAUUGCAGAAUGGAGAGGUGGCAUCUUGGAUCACAAAAUGGGCCAUUUGGCUUGCUUCUCUGGUGGCAUGAUAGCCCUUGGAGCAGAACAAGCAGCGGAAGAGAAAAAGCAACAUUAUCUGGAUCUAGCUGCAGAGAUUACUCACACGUGUCAUGAAUCUUAUGCACGCUCAGAUACCAAGCUUGGCCCGGAAGCUUUUCGCUUUGAUUCUGGAACGGAAGCCAUGGCCACCAGACUCAGCGAGCGCUAUUACAUACUGCGCCCUGAAGUGGUAGAAAGCUACAUGUACAUGUGGAGGCUGACCCAUGAUCCGAAAUACAGACAGUGGGGUUGGGAAGUUGUAAAGGCACUGGAAAAAUAUUGUAGAGUAGAAGCAGGCUUCUCCGGGAUCCGAGAUGUUUAUACCACCACCCCAAACCAUGACAACAUGCAACAGAGUUUUUUUCUGGCAGAGACACUAAAGUACCUCUAUCUUCUGUUCUGUGACGAUGACGUGCUGUCUCUGGAAGACUGGGUAUUCAACACAGAAGCCCACCCACUGCCGGUGAACCACACGAACUUUAAAGCUAAAGCAAGCAUGCAAUAAUGAUGCUGUUACUCAAGCUCCCUACUUCGGCGGCACUCUAUAGCGGGUUACUGCAUUUCCUUUCCAUUAAAGGAAUUAGCAAUGUUCCUAAAAUGGUAUUUUGGGGCGCUAGUCCAAUUCCGGACAGUAUUAUACUGGGGAGAAUAAACUGUGACAUAAGCACCUUGUUUUCCUCUAUGAGGAGAUCUAUUAGCCUGGUCACAAGAUGUUGAUUCUGGGCCAUAUUGUAAACAGAUCAUGGACAUUCCUUUAUACAGAGAAUUUAUAUGAAAUCCACUGACUUCGUUUUCUAGUGGCCAAAGGAUUGGAAGUUUGCCAUACAAUAGACUUUUCCCCCCUUGUUCUUCCUUUCAUUUUUCUUUUUGAUUUUUGCCUUUUAUAUACAGUUGGAUUUUAUCAUAUUUCUAAUUACAGUUUUCAAUAUACUGUGCUUUCUACGUGGUGUCAACCUUGUAACUAAAACAACAAAUGUCUGCAAAAUCCUUGACCCAAAUGUAUUUUUAUAUAUUUUUUUCCUGUGCUCUUAAAAACACAUUUCCAGUACAUUGCAUCACAUGUAACUUUCCUUUAUAAUGUUUGUGUUUUUCUACUUUUAUUUGGAACUAAAUGUUAUGAGUCACUUGUAAUAAAUUGCACUGCUGUAAUAGUCAAAUCUGUGAAAUAGAAUAAAAGGUCUUGUAAAA